AUGGGUGAAUACUCGAAAGCACUUCCACUUCUAGAANUGUUGCUUGAUACUAAGGAUUCAAAAGGUGGUCUACUAUCGUUCAAUAAUUUUCUAUCAACAAGUAUGGAACGAAAAGUGGGCAUGGAAUUUGUUGAACGUACUAUGAAAAAGAACCAAGACAUUGUUGGCGUUAUUUUUAUUAUGACUAUUGAUCAAAUUAAAAUAUCACCUUCGAAUACUCCAUUUGCUAUGAUCGAUGAACACAGUGCUAUUCCAUCAGAACAAGAAAUACUCUUUACAAUGCACACUGUUUUUCGUGUCGUUGAAAUUAAACAGACACCUAAGAAUAAUCGUCUUUGGGAAGUACACUUGACUAUUACUGAUGAAAAUGAUCCACAACUUUCUACUCUUACCAAUCGCAUUAAAGAGGAGGUUCGAGGUUCGACUGGAUGGUAUCGAAUGGGCAAAUUAAUGCUCCAACUGGGUCAUUUCAAUCAAGCUGAAGAACUCUACAAUGAAUUACUCAAGAAUGCCUCUACUGAUAGCGAUAGAGCAUUUAUCUAUCACAUGCUUGGAUACUUGAAAAACAAUCAAGGCAAAUACCCAGAAGCAAUUAAAUUCUACGAAAAAUCACUCACAAUCAGAGAAAUAUCUCUGCCUGCGAAUCAUCCCUCUUUGACUACUUCCUACAACAACAUCGUGAGUAGCACUUGUUAUGAUGAUCCAACAAAAGAUCAUUCAGAACAAGCCGCCUCGACGGUUGUUCCUAACAAUCAAACGCAUGCCAAGGAAAUAUUGUUAAAAUUGUGUGAUGAAUUACGACUGAAUUUAACAUUGACAACUGGUAGGGCGAGGAUCAAUCCCGAUGAUAUUACACCAGAAGUAUGAUUGCUUGUACUCUUUUCUAUUAUUUAAUAGACUCAUUCCUGCUUUAGGAGACGAGUUAAGUUAUUAAUAAGGAAAUGCCUGGUCUAGCACAAACAAUGGUUGUGAAGUCAUUAGUAAUUAUUCACGUGGCAAUGCUUUCGAGGUGAAAUUCAUUCUGUCUUUUCUAUCUAGACUAAUUUGUGGCAUUUAUCAAGAAACAUUAAUUAUUAUUCUUUCUUAUAUGACCCCCCUAUCCAUCACUGUUUCAAUUUAUUCUUUUUAUAGAGUAGUUACAGUAUAUUUUCUGUUGUGUUUUGUUUAGUAACUACAAUAAGAUUUAAAUCUGAUAAUAUAUUUAUUUCAUUGUUUAAUGAUGUAUUUCUCAUUGAUCUUGUAUGCUAUUCAACUAGCAGUGGGUUUCAAAGAAAAAUGUUGUAUUGAUAUCGUUUAAAAUAAGUAUUUGUCCAGAGAAAUUCAUCAAAAAUCUUAAUACUAUAUCUUUUCAUAGAUUUACUUUCAUAAUUCUGAUUAUACAGUUUCAUCUAGUCGUUUGCAUCGCUUGAAAAAUCAAAAUAAUUUGUUCAUAUCUUAUAAUUCAACAAUUAACUAUUUUAUCUCAAAUAAAAGUGAGACUCAUUCUCAAUUUUUAAGUAACAACAACAUAUGUAGGAAGUAGAAUUUUAUUUUUCGUUUGCUAUUUUAUUCACCACGUGACUAUGUUCGUUGCAAACAAUAGGAUGAAAAAUCGAACUUACAAUGCCUAUUAAUUUUUUCGUUCUUGUUUCGAAAACGAGAGAUGUAUAACAUUCGAGUCUAUGGUAAUUAUAAAAAUCAAAAUGAUUUUCUUUUUAGUCGAAAAAAUGAGAAUACUAGAAAAGUAAUUUUUGUAACAAAUAGCCCUGAUAUGAAUCCACUGGACUGGAUAUCUAUGUUUUAAUUCAUCCUUUGAUUAUACGGGAGAUAUUAACACGAAGCGAAGGCAAAACAGGUCUUGAUAAAUUGCCGAAAGAUCUAAGGCAAGAAAAAAUCGAUGUUUAUACAUUUCUUCAGCAAUCUCUGUUUAAAUAUUCUCACUUCAUAUUUUCACUUACUCUGUUCAAAGAAGUAUGAAAAAAAAGAAAAGAAAUUUUUACUUCGUUAAAUGUUGCCAGUUGUCAAUGCAUCUUUUUGUUAUUCAUAGUUAAAUUUUAAGAAGAAAACAAGAAAGAUUCAUGUAUUCAACAUUUUGAUCAAUUGUUUUAUUCACGCAGUAAACUAAUGUCUUUUUGGAAGUGUAUCGAAUAUACACUACAUGCAAUGGUGAUAUUUUCUUCAUUUCUUUUUAUUAUUGAUCAACUUAAUACAAUCAUAUAUGAUUCUCUUGGAGUUGAUAGUAACGCAAAUUAGUGAUAAAUGCGUCUUAUAAUCAUAAAAUGCACUGAUAAGUAUUUAUUACUACUCGUAGCUCAGAUCGAUAAGACGUUGAUAGUAUCAAUAGUUCAAUAUCGACUUCUGCUGAAACGUUUUUUAUAAUUUAUUUGUUUCAUUCAAAUCCAUUUAUUAUGUAGAGCUGUAGCGACUUAUUUUCUAUAGAUUGUAAGAUUAUCUAUGACAUUGUGAUGCAAAUAAAAAUGCAACAAUUUUUGAAUCGGACGAAACACGAUUGGAUUAUAAUUUGUUCAAAAAUGAAUAUAUAAAAGAAACCAAUGUAAAUUAGAAAUCCGAAGAAAUUUUCCUUUUUUAGAUAGAUUUUAGUAAGGAUUAAUUUGAUAUAAUAUUUUGAUACUAUAUUAACAUCAUUCAAAUUACGUUACGAUUACGAAAACCUUGAUAGAGCCUGCAUGAAUUCAAAUGUACAUGGCAUGAUUGUUUUAAGAAAGCAUAUCAAUGCACAAUAUAAAUGAACGUACUUGAAAGAAACCUUAGAGAACUCACUAAAGGAAAAUUUUGAUUUAUCUCAGUGAUGAUAAAAAAAUUGAAUCAGGAAUUUCCAUAUCGAUGUAGUACAGAUUAAGAACUUCAACUAGUUAACUCUUUGCUUCUUCAGUAGUUACACGAGUUAUGCUCAACCCAUUGUAUCAAAAUUGAAGCACAAUAAUGAUAGCUAUUGUUUUCUUUAAUCAUUCCUUAAUUAAGAGAAGUAUAGUAGUGACAUAAAAGUUAUCUUUGGUUUAAUCAAAACUUAAUUCUAUUGUCUUCCCUCAUUUAAACAAAAAAUAAUUAUACACACAUAAAAAACAACCAAACUGAUGAACUCUUUGCUCAUUUUUUUCGUUCUUGACAACCCACGAUAAAAAAUUGGUUAAAAAAACGCAGUUAACCGCGGUUUCAAGGGAUAUUUCGAAAACGCGGGAGCCAGACCGUUUUUUCAAACACUGAAAACUGCGCCUUUUUAAAAGCGCGUCGUACCGCGUUUAAAAAAAACUAAUAACCGGUCUGAUUACCGUAUUUUUUACAGGUGACCUGACCAAUUCAUUAUGCUCAGAUACUCUUCGUGGGGUAGUGAACUAUAAGUUCCAUUACUUCAAAGUCGCUCUGGAGCGACGAAGUUCAUCUUAAACUUUGUAAUACUUGAAACUAGGGAUGUACCGAGACCGA